AAAAGGAGACCAAGAAGCAACAAAAACGACUUUGGCAACAUUAACAUGGAAGCGUCUCUCACAAAACAACGCGUACCCCCUCCCUCUCACCUUCCCAAAUUGCACCAUAAAACCCCUCUGCAACUCCCUCAUCACCUCAACCUCACCUCAAUCUCUCUCAAACUGUAACCACCAUCUCUCUCUCUCUCUCUCUAGAAUGGCGAAGAAGAAAUGUGCAUUGUCUACUAGAGCUUGGAGUCUCGUACGUUUUGCCUUGUUGUGGGCUAGGAAAGGUGGUAUCUUCAAGAGGGGAUUCAUUAGGGACCUCAAGCUCUUAGCCAGAUGCCCGCACCACUCCGAACUCACUGCUUACCGCCAGUUCUCCUUCGGCGACAGCCCGGCGGUCCAAUUAAAGCUUCCGAGAUCCAUCGUCAAGUUUCCAUGCAUGAACCCACCCAUCACAUUGGACAAUGACUAUGACUAUGAUGACAACCAUGAAUAUGACAUCGACCCUGAUGGCAAUGGUGCUGGUUAUGAUCAUAGCCAUGAGGAUUCAUAUUACGAUGGUGACCGCAAUGCAUCCGAGUGCGAUGAGUUGAUUGAUUCGAAGGCAGAUGAGUUCAUUGAGAGGUUUUAUCAACAAAUGAGAUUGCAACGCCAACUCUCAUGUUUAAAAUAUAAUGAGAUGCUUCAUAGAGGGGUUUCUUGAGGAAAUUUUCUCUCUUUUUUUUGUUGUUGUUAAUAAUUUUGUCAAUUAUAUGGUGCAUGUAUUAUUUC